GCCCGAGCUGGCGAAGGAUCGGAUGGCGGAACGAGAUGUUGUCGACAGCAUCGCAAAGCGAAUCGACAACUGGAUGGGCCACGCCACGAUCAUCGCCGGCCGCUUCGGCUCCGGAAAGACCGUGGCGCUGGAAGAGGCGCUCCGUGGCAUGCAGGGCGUCUACGUCCACACCGUUGAGGACAAGGAUUGGAAGAAGUCGCUCUACAAAGACCUGGGCCUGGACAACCUGGGCAUGUUGAAGGUUGCCCUGCGCCUGGUCAGAAAGCGGAACCAGGGGUCAACCCCCAUCCCCCAUCCUCGUAUUGGACAUUCCUCGAACAACAAAGGAAGGCGCGACGUCGGCAUGGAUACGGUUUCCACCUUCGCCAAGAUUCUGUCGUCGGACAGUUCGCUGGCACACGUGAUCGUGUGCGCAUCGUCGGCCGCCAUGGCCAUCGCCUUUGAUGCCGGCGGCGAGCAACGUCAGGAGAACUACUGGGUGGAGGACCUUACUGUUGACGAAGCCAAGGAGCUUCUGGCCCUCCACGGGCACCGGGAGGAUUGGGAGCAAUUCGUAAAUGCCUGCGGCUACCGUGCUCUGGAUUUGGUGCGAACCUGCGAAAAGUACAAGGGGCCGGCGACGCUGGCGGCCAAAAAGGAGGAGAUGGAGGAGAAGGCGCGAGAGGAG